GUGUGUAACUGGUGUAGACAUAGCUGAUGAUUAAGAUCAUGUGUUUCCAACAGAUUUAUGUAAUUUCCCACUACCCUGGUAUUGUUAUAAAUAGAUACAAACGACCCUUCGAUUCUAUCGCAAGGACCUUUCUGGUUUGUUUCAAAUAUCUUUGAAAGCUAUAAAUAUAUAAUAUAAGGGUUGAAGACCAAUGAGUUACAACAGCUCUAAUCGCGAUUCAGGAAGUAGAAAUGCUAGAAGAAAUGUGCAUGACUUUGGAAGGACUUUUGUGGUGAUGCCCAAAGAAACUCACACAGCAACUAUUGUUUGGUUACAUGGCAUUGGUGAAAAGGGCUCAAGUUGGACUCAGAUCUUGGAAACAUUUCCUCUUCCAAAUGUCAAAUGGAUCUGCCCAAGUGCGCCAAGUCGACUAUUAACACUAUAUGGUGGAUAUCCUUGCACAGCGUGGUUCAAUAUCGCAAGCAUGUCAGAAGACGCAUGUGAUGAUUUGGAGGGCUUGGAUGCUUCAGCAACACAUGUUGCAAAUCUUUUGAUUAGUGAGCCUGAUGAUGUUAAACUAGGCGUUGCAGGCUUCAGCAUGGGUGCAUCUGUCGCUCUCUACUCUGCAGCGUGUCGAGCUAUUGGGCAAUAUGGGAAUGGAAACCGAUACCCCAUCAAUCUUAGUGCUGCUGUCGCACUCAGUGGUUGGCUUCCAUGUUCCAGGACUUUAAGGAAUAGAGUGGGAGCGUCACAAGAAGCUGCAAGGCGCGCAUCGUCGCUACCUGUUUUGCUUUGUCAUGGUCAAGUUGAUGAUGUGGUCGAGUACAAACUUGGUGAGAAAUCUGCACAAACUAUGUAUUCUGCUGGAUUUCAGAAUUUAACAUUUCAGACAUAUAAUGGGCUUGGUCAUUAUACAAUCCUAGAAGAGAUUAACGAUGUUUGUUGUUGGCUUAACGCUUAUCUAGGGGCUUGAUGAUUAGAAAGAGGAAGGGAGAGGGGAUGAGGGUGGAUAAUUGUAUUAUACUAUAUAUGUUGUAUAAGAGCAGGUUCGAUGUAUUAUCGUGCUAACAAGUUUGCAAAGUUCGAUUUGGCCUACAAAUCGAAAUAGAUGUGUUAACAUAAAAAAUAUUCUUACAUCAUAAAACAACCCCCACUUAUGUUUUAUAUGAGAUGGGGUAACCGUA